CAUCCAUUCGCAUCAGUGCUUCAUUCAUAUGUCCGUCCCUCCAGACACACAACGAACACAUUCAGCGUCCAUCCCUCCAUCCAUUCCGUUUCCCAUGUCGAUUCGAUGAGGGAGGAAAACAGAAAGCCCGUCCGUCCAGAAAGAGUACACGCCACCCAUACAAAUCACGUACACACAUGCAGCUGGGUCCUUUUAGGAUCACAAUGUCAAUCAACGCAGGCAGUGGGACAAAAAUCGCCAUGAAUGAAUGUGUACGUAUGUCCAUGAGCAUGUAGCGCACUCACCCCACCCCACCUCACUCACCUGACGAGCCAUAAAGUUGGCAGGCGCACACACGGACAGACAGAUAGACAUGCAGACAGACACCUCUCGUCCCAGAAAGCCGAGCAACCGACUCUCAUCACAGAUAGCUAGGGAAGCACUGACGCAAAACUGAUGGAUAUACACAGGAAUCUAUGCGUCGUUGCGUGAAACACCUUCAUGCAGCCUUCCCGAGUCGCCAACACAACGCAGUGCGUGUCGUGUCGACCACUGUGGAAGGCAGCAGGAUGAAAGUUCACGCCGACACAUCGACAAGAUCGCAUCGCAUCACAUCACAUCACAUCAAUCAUGCAGUAGACUGUGGGAAGAAAUCCGCAAUCGAGUCGACAUAGUGCUCCGGCCGAAUGCUGUUCUGCGGGCUGUUGACCUUGUCGAGCGUCGUCACGCCGCUCAGCGUCAGCAGCGACUUGAGGCCGUUCCUCUGGCCGAACAAAAUGUCGGUGUCGAGCCGGUCGCCCACCAUGGCCAUCCGCUGCCGCGGCACACCCAGCUUCUCAGCCAGGUAGUCGAUCAUCAGGGCCGACGGCUUGCCCACCACUGUGGGCUCUCGCUUGGUGCAGCCCUUGAUCGCUCCAACCAUUGAACCGUUUCCCGCCCACUCCUGACCGAGAGACAAAGAAGCCACACACGCAGCGAGAGAGAGAGAGAGAGGCGAGAUGAAGAGAGUGUCAGAGGGGAGGGAGAGGGUGCUUGCCUGUGCGUCAGUGAGGUGUGUGACGGCGUCGAGGUUGGUGGCGAUGAACUCAGCGCCGAGCUCUGCGAUGCAGAGCUGUGCGUACUGAAUCUUGUGGUAGUUGAAGUGUCGGUCGAAGCCGACCACCACCGCACCAACAUCCUCGUCGACGGGCAUGGCGUAGCCCGGCUUCAGCUCGACCACUUUGCCCGCAUCUACAGAGGUGGAUGGGAUGAUGCGAUGCAUUCACACACGCACACACACACACACACACACACCGUCAAACACUGCACUGCCGUUGUUUCUUCUCUCUCCCCUCCCUCUCUGUGUGUGUCUGUCUGUCCGUCUGUCUGUGUAUCUGUCUGUCUGUCCGUCUGUCUGUCUGUCUGGCUGUCUAUGUGCGUUGCUGGCUGACCUUUGGUGCCUCCCACCCAAGGGACGCCAAUCAGAUCGAGCUCUUCCUCAAUCCCUGACAAGGCAGACAUCCACACCACACACGCACAUCCAAACAUCCAUACCAAGCCAUGCACACCAUCGUCUGCAAACGUACGUACCAACUUCGCCGAUAACAUAGACCUUCUUGCCCGUCUCCUUGAACUUCUUCUGCUCCAGGUAGGCCGCCGCGGCAAAGCUCGACGAGAAGAUCUCCUCCGGCUUGACGUCCAGGCCCAGGCUGUCGAACUUCUUCUUGUACCCCUUCCGGCUCUUGGUCGAGUUGUUGGUCACAAAGAACACCUUCUUGCCCAACGCACGCAGCCUCUCGAGGGUCUCGGGCACCCCAGGGAUCACACUGUCGCCCCGCCAUAUGACCCCAUCGCAGUCAAAGAUGAUGACAUCCACACUGUCGAGCCACUCCUGCGGACGCGUUAGCUUGGCUGGGGUGAGCAGCCCUCCUUGUUGCCCGCCCUGCUCGAUGCCGGAUGUGUCCAUGACUGCCGGUGCUGCAGGCCGCCUGCCGAGGAUGCCGCCUCCGCUGAUGUGCGUGUGAGGGAUGGCCGAUGCGUCUGUGAUGCUAGAGGGUCGCAGGUUGAUGGCUUGCGUGAGGCACACAGAUGCCAGCAGCAAGAUGAGAAAAGAGGCGGAAAACUUCAUGCGACAGACAAGCAGACACAGACGACAGACGGGCGAGGCUGAAGUGCGCGGGGGGAGAAGGAGGCAAAAGGAAAGCGAAAGCCAGCG